CAGGGAUGGCCCUCACUGUCAGGAAGAGAGACAGCAAGAGCCAGGACUUCUCACUCCGGGUCGGUAAAAGGGAGAACGAGAAGGAAGAGCGCUUCGAAGACGCCUUCGAGGUCAUCCCCGCCGCGUCCACCAUGAGCCUGCUCUCCUCCCUGGAGGAAUGCACCACGGGCCUCUACUUAUUUCUCAACAACAGGUUCUCGGAGGCCUUAAGCCUCAUCUCCCCGUGGUCCAAAAGCAGCCUGUACCACGCGCUCAUGUACGGCAUCCUGAUGGUGGUCAAGUCCGCCCUGACACUGGACCCGCAGGACAUCGAGGCCGGCAGCAUGGCCGCGAAGGACGCCCUGAGGACCUGCUACAAUUUCCGCAGGAAGUCGUGGGUGAGCUUCUACCGGCUGGUGAAAAGGCAGGGCUCGCAGACCAUCCAGGAGGAGGAGCUGCACGCGGACGUCUGCUACGCCGAGAGCCUCAUCCUGAAGGCGGCCGUCACCUUCAUCCAGGACGACAGCGUGCUCGGCUACCUCCGCAGCGGGCUGGCCAUCAGCUCCAGCUACCAGAUCUACAAAGACUGUCAGCAGAUCCUGCCCCAAAUCCCCAGCAGCCAGAGCAAAACCUACAAGCACCUGGUGGGCGGCAUCAAGUUUGGGGUGGGCGUGUUCAAUCUGCUCAUGUCCCACGUGCCUCCCAAGACGCUGAAGCUGCUCAACGUGGUGGGCUACUCCGGGAACAGGGAGGUGGGCUUGACUCUGCUCUGCGAGAGCGCCUCCGAGUCCCACAUCAACAGCAUCCUGAGCGCGCUGAUGCUGCUCUUCUACCACGGCUACCUCUGCGUGGCCUUCGGGAUGGGCCAGGUCUCCAGCUCCGGGGCCGAGCGCCUCCUCGUCCUCCACAGCCAGCGGUUCCCCCACUGUGUCAUCCUGAAGUUCUUCCACGCCCGCUUCUGCAUGCUCGCCGGGGACUUCGCGGAGGCGCAGCUCAAGCUGCACGAGUGCGUGUUCGUCCAGAGCGAGUGGAAGCACGUCCACCACCUCUGCUACUGGGAGCUCAUGUGGUGCGACAUCUUCCUGCAGAACUGGAAGCAGGCGUUCCAGUACGCCCGCCUCCUCUCCCAGCAGAGCCGCUGGUCCAAGGCCAUCUACUCCUACAGCAAGGCCGCCAUCCUGGCCCUGCUCCCUGCAGACUUCGCCAGGCUGGUCAGCGAGGACACCAACUCGCUCUUCCUAAAAGUGGAGUCUUUGAGGAUCAAGGUGUUGGGAACGUCGGUGCCCGUCGAAAAAUUUAUUGCCGUGAAGGGCCAGCGCUACGGGUCGACCACAGGUUGGUACCCGGCACAGCCCAUGCUGGAGUUUCUCUAUGCCUGGAGCGGCUUCCGCGUCAUGAGCAAAAAGCUGGACCUGAUCUCCAGCUGGCUCAUGAUCAUCGACAAAGGGGAGGACCUGCUCCGAGAGAAGGCCAACACCGAGUACUGGGCCGACGACAUCACCCUGCUCUACCUGCUCAAGGGGCUGUGCCUGAAACACCUGGGCAAGUACCUGAUGGCUGAGCAUUACUUCAACUCUGUCCUCCAGAGGGAGAAACUGUUAAAAUACGACCACUACUUGGUGCCGUACACCUACUACGAGCUGGGGAUUCUCUACUACCUCAAAGGAGACAGCGUCAGCGCCGCAAAAAGCCUGGACAACGUCAAGAACUACCGAGAUUACUCCAUGGAGAGCCGACUGCAGUUUAGGGUUCACGUGGCCUUUGAACAAAUCUUCAAAGAACUGUGAUUUCGGCACCAAAUCCAGCUGGGUGACGACGAGCAGAGUCGGCUGCCUUGAGCAAGGUAGUCAGCAGGCAACGUGAUUUCUGUGUCGAAGAGCUCAAGGAAAGCCUCCCGUGUAGAGUCCUGGCUGUGGCGAAGAAGAAGCGAGUCACCUGCUGCUCC